AUGGAGUUAUUACUCGAAGCAGUGGGCACUCUUCUCCCUUAUCAUCUUCUCUCCUAUGGCGCUCUCCUCGGAACAGAGCUCUAUCAGAGCUUUGUCAACACCAAAAUAUGCUACCAAGUAUUGCCAAUGAAGGAGUUCAUUCUCCUACAAAAGCGCCUUUUCCCCAUCUACUUUGGAACCCAGGUCGGACUCACAGCGUUGACCGCAGCAACACACCCACCAUUCAGUGUUCUGUCACUAGUUCAAGAUCCAUGGAGUGUCGCUCCUCUUACUGUCGUUGGGUUGACUGGAUGUCUGAAUUGGUUCGUCUACGGGCCUCGGACGACCACUGCAACGUUGGUCCGGAGGGCCCUACAAGAAAGCGAGAACACCGAGGCUGAUUCCGAUGGGUCCAAUUUGCGUCAGGCUAACCGCAACUUUGCGCGAAAUCACGCAAUGGCCAUCCAUUUGAAUGCUAUUGCCAUCAUAGCUACUGUGUUUUAUGGAUUUUCCCUGUCUGCGAUGCUUCAGGCAGGAAUUUAA